AUCGUAUCAUUUCUGGCGUGUUCUCUUCUCGGAUCUUGUCCAGUGCGACGCGCCUCAAAUCCCACACGAUAGCGAACCCAAAAUCCGCAGGCCACGACGCAGGCUCCACCAUCAACGAGGGUUCCCACGUUCCUCGUCGUCGUUCGAAGCUACGGCUCGUCGUUCUCCAGGGAGAAAAGCGGGGAGGAGCUCGUCGGGAUCGAAAGGCGGCGAUAAGGUGCCAAUUCCGGGUUGCGGAGGCGUCUCGCGAGCGAGAGAGGCGGUGACUGGUAUAUAAGGAGGACAAGAUGAGCGUGAGUCCAGCGCCGGCCUCGGACACCCAUGGCAACCUGGACGAGCAGAUCGCGCAGCUCAUGCAGUGCAAGCCGCUCGCCGAACAGGAGGUUAGGGUGCUUUGUGAAAAAGCUAAGCAGGUUUUAAUGGAAGAAAGCAAUGUUCAGUCAGUGAAAAGCCCUGUGACAAUCUGUGGUGAUAUUCAUGGACAAUUUCAUGAUCUUGCAGAGCUAUUUCGAAUUGGUGGAAAGUGUCCAGAUACCAAUUACUUAUUUAUGGGUGAUUAUGUGGAUCGUGGGUACUAUUCUGUCGAGACAGUUACGCUAUUGGUGGCUCUCAAGGUGCGUUAUCCUCAGCGAAUUACCAUUCUCAGAGGAAACCAUGAGAGUCGUCAGAUUACCCAGGUGUAUGGAUUUUAUGAUGAAUGCCUGAGAAAAUAUGGCAAUGCAAAUGUCUGGAAGACCUUCACAGAUCUUUUUGAUUAUCUCCCAUUGACAGCAUUGGUUGAAUCUGAAAUUUUUUGUCUGCACGGUGGAUUAUCGCCAAAUGUUGAAACCCUCGAUAGCAUUAGGAGCUUUGAUCGUGUUCAAGAAGUUCCUCAUGAGGGGCCCAUGUGUGAUCUUUUGUGGUCUGACCCUGACGAUAGAUGUGGUUGGGGUAUUUCUCCACGUGGCGCUGGCUACACUUUUGGCCAAGAUAUAUCUGAGCAAUUCAACCAUACCAACAAUCUCAAGUUAAUAGCCAGAGCUCAUCAAUUGGUUAUGGAGGGAUAUAACUGGGGCCACGAACAAAAGGUGGUUACCAUAUUUAGCGCUCCGAAUUAUUGUUACCGGUGUGGGAACAAGGCAUCAAUAAUGGAAUAUGAUGAGUGCAAAGGACAGACCUUUAUUCAGUUUGACCCAGCACCUAGGAGAGGAGAGCCCGACGUAACACGAAGGACGCCUGACUACUUUCUCUAAGCAAGAUGGCCAAGAACCUACUGCUGGAUUCCGACGACGGUGUGUAAUGCUCACUAGACAAGAUUGUGAUUCAGAAUCCUCAAGAUUUGAUGCUAUUUUUUUUUUAUUUGUAAGUUUCGGCCCCAUGUCGUUUAUCAUGAUCCAUUUCUCAUCGAAAGUAAUGAGGUCGAAGUGUGGUAGUGUAGAAGCAUCGCACAUUUUUGAGGGCUCUUCUCCCUUCAUUCUCUGUUGCUGCUCUUUAAUAUUGUAGAGGGACUUGAGUUAGCUCUAUUAACAAUUUGAUUUUGUGCA